CAAACGCAUUGUGACAUCAGCGGCUCUUAACAAGGCUCUGAGUGACAUUGGCGUCAAUGAGAAAACGAUUCAAUUGAGAAGGACAACGUUGCUCUAUACUGAGGCUUUGAACACCAUCUUUCUACAGACUCAGAGCAUGGAUUCCGGUGCAUAUUGUUUUGGAAGCCAAACCGAAGGUUCUACUACAGAAGAAGGCCAAAACCCGGGCAUUGGCCUGGACCAGAAUUGGUGACACAACUAAAGGAUAGCGGGGUAUUUCUUGUUCCGACUGCGCAUGUUGAGAACACAACAAACUGGGACCCUCAACAACGCCUAGGAACAUUAACAGUACGAACUUUCGAUAACUCACAUGAGCUUUAUUGGAGGUUAUCUACCAAUUUGAUGGAGAGGCUUUUGAUGUUCGACAUCACAAUGACGCAAAUGAAAGUGUACGUAAUCAUGAAAAUUAUCAGAAAAGAGUUUUGCAAGCCGCUCGUUGGCGACCGUUUAAGCACGUUUCACUUGAAAACCACUUUCCUGUAUUGCGUGGAAAUGUCACCUCCAUGCAUCUGGGAAGAUGAAAAUCUUAUCCAAUGUUUAAAAUAUUGUUUGACAACAUUAAGGAGGUGGUUAAAGGUGCGAUAUUGCCCUCACUAUACGACGGUAAAUGUGAAUUUAUUUGCAGGUAAACUUCAAUGGAACGAGUUUCCGGUUUUGAUAGAUUUGUUAAAGGAUAUGAUCCUUAAUAAUGUGUCUUGUUUGCAAAAUGUUAAAAUGGACGACCUUGGUAACCGUAUAUCAUCGAAUUCCACAUAUAGUACAAAUGGGCUUCCUUUCGAAAAACUGGAUAUCGUUGUUGCCAGCAAGAUGUUUAAGUAUAUGAUUCAUUAUUCAUGCGGAUUUUACAUACAUGGUAAGGAUGAAGCGGUUGAAACUUUAAAAGAAAUAACCGAACAUGCCCUGUACAUUCAAAAGCUUGAGAACAUUAAAAACACCAGCACUGGACUCAUUCGUUCCGCAGUCUCUACUACAUUACCAUUCCACUAUUCCAUUCAUGCUGCAAUGAAAGCAUCGCUCUGUAUCGGUAACAAUCAAAGCUUACCGCAGGAGAUUUUCACUUUGUGUGAGAAGUCUCUGAUCUCCGACGUGACAUCAAGUCGCCUUAAGUUGGCGUCGAUAUAUUUCUCAGCACAGCGUUUUGAAGAGGCUGCUGCAAUUCUUAAGCAAGUAGACGCUCUCAUUUCUAACAAAGUAAUACCUGUUAGCCCUUUCGUUACUAACAACGAGUUUAGUUCCAAGAUGAUGGGACGCGGAAAAGAUUUCAAAGACAUCUUGCAAAAAGAGAUUGCUUUGUGUACGAUUUUUAAAAGACACGAAAUCAAUUGUGUUCCUAGACAGCUUGUCGCUGAGUUCUACAGAACGGUAACGGUGGAGGAUGCAGGUUGCCGUCGAAAUUAUCCCCGGAAUGAGUGGAUGGACCUUGAGGAUGCAGGUUUCCGUCUUUCAUUUUCCUGGAUGGACCUUGCAGUGGUUGAUUCAUUGCCAUAUAUGCAUUACCUACAGUAUCUAAUAUUUCGAAAUUCUGAAUUAAUCGGCGACAAAGUCAGUGCGCUUAAGAAUCUCCUAGAUCACGUGAUUUUCAAAGUAUCGGAAUCUUAUCAAUAUCAUAUCGAAACCUCAUUAAAUCUGAUAGGACAUUGUUUUGAGCUAGAAGGCAAGUUGGAAUUUGCAUGGCAAUCCUAUAAGGAGUCAGUGAAAUUUCGACCGCAGAAUAACGCCGCUUACUGGCACAUGUUUAGGAUGAUUGGAGGGCUUUUUUAUGGGGUUAAAAUGUUAUCUUGGUGACAUUUUGGUACUGAGGGUGCAAAUAUGCAUGACAACGGGAGAAAACUCGAAUACACUGUGUAAGAUUUACAACAAUGGCUCAUCGCAGUUGUUAUCAUUUUGUCAAUCUUCAGUUUGACUCAUGCAUGCAGCGUGGAUGCAUUUGAACAUAUUUCCUUUUCAUAUCUAGCAUAUUUUCGUAUUUCAAUUUCAGAAGUAUUUAGCGGAAGAGUUUAUACUUUAAAUUACGUAGAACUUGUUUACAACCAUUCUUAUGAAUAUUUAUUUAUAUUUUUCUGUACAGUGCUCACCUUUUAGAUCAUUCAUGUUAGAUAUAUUAGGCUUAAGGGUCUUACCAAUAUUAUAUAACAGGUGGGUCAAAACUUUCUGUUAAGAAAAAGCUUGCAAUAAGAAUCUGUAUAGAUUCGUCAUCUUUCAAAAAGGUUUCAUUAUACAGACAUUGCACAAGUUUCAUAAAACUGC